AUGUUUAAGUCAUUGUCUACAUUCUCAUGCACGUUCUUAAUUUCUUCUUAUUUGAUUUUAGGUAGCCAAAAUGAUAAAGAAAUUAAACAGAUGAUAGAAGAUGAUAUUUUAAAUUGUCAAGCAGAAAUAGAAGAGUUGCAAAAAAAGGUUGUCAAGCUUAUAGUAGGUGAAGUUAAAACUGAUCAGAAUGAUAUUAUAUUAGAAUUAAGUUGUGGGGUAGGAGGUGCAGAAGCCAUGUUAUUUACUAGAGAUAUCUUUAAUAUGUAUAUCAAAUAUAUUCAAUAUAAAGGAUGGUCACAUGAAGUUUUAACAUAUGAUAAAACUGUUGAAGGGGGUCUGCGAAAAGCUGAAAUAGAGGUCAAUGGUGAUUUUGUGUUCAAGUAUUUGAAAUAUGAAGGCGGCGUUCAUAGAGUUCAACGUGUACCACAAACAGAAAAAUCUGGUAGAAUUCACACAAGUACCAUGACAGUAGCUGUUCUUCCUCAACCAUCAGAGAUUGAUGUAGUAAUACAAGAUAAAGAUUUAAAAAUUCAAACAUUCAAAUCUCAAGGCUCUGGGGGUCAAAGUGUAAAUAAAACAGACAGCGCUGUUAGAAUGGUACAUCUUCCAACUGGUACGGUAAUUGAAUGUCAAGAAUCCAGGUCUCAAAUAGAAAAUAGAGCAAAAGCCCUAAAAUAUCUUAGAUCAAGGCUUUAUCAAAAAGAAUUAGAAGCCCAGUUAUCACAGGUAUCAAAUGCAAGAAAAUUACAGGUUGGAACAAGUGGUAGAUCAGAAAAAAUUCGUACCUAUAAUUUUCAACAGGACAGAAUUACAGAUCAUCGUAUUCAUGUUAAUUUAUCACAUAUUGAAGGGUUUUUAAAUGACGGAGCUGAAUUAGACAGUUUAUUAGAAGAUAUUAUAGAUUAUACAAAUAAUCAAACAUUAGAGGCCUUGAUUGAUGAAUAUCACCAAAAUCUUAAGAAACAGGGAAAAAUGAAGAAGUAA